UAUAUAUAUAUAUAUCUUCACAUCUAGUUCUUCUUGUUUUUACAUUCUUCAUUAAGCGCGGAGUGCGGCGAUGCUGAUCUGAUAUAUAUGAUGGAGAACCGCGCAUACGAGGAUGAGGCGAACAAGUCAGCGCAUCAUCAUCACCAUCACCAUCACCAUCCUCACCAACAACUCAAGCAAACUCACAAUCAUCUUCAGCAUUCACAACUGGACGAGUUUUCGUUUGACCGAGUCCAAAUGUCCGACGCUACACAUCAGCAGCAAAUGCGCCAAAACCAGCAACUCAUUCAGCCUCGCCAUACACCAGACUGCCACGUGUACGAGGAUAUCGUCGCACCAUAUAGCUUAUCCCUCGAUCCAAGCAAUCCUGGCGGUUUCCAUAGGAAUCUCACGUUGCCACUCCGAAGGACGAGUCAGAGCUGCGAAUCUAUCGAAGGCAAUCCCACGAGUUCCUCAGUGCGCGUCACGAAUAAAGAGCGAACUCGUGGCUCCGUUAUCGAUCGGCUCACCAGAGAUGACAGAUAUCGUGAUAGCGGCCGCGACGACAGCAGCAGCACCGAGCGACCUGCGCGCCGACGCCGGAAGAAGGACUGCCGGCACUGUCGGACCAAGGCCUUCGAGCGCGGCAUCGAGGAAGCCAAGCGUCGUGACGAGCUCGCCGUCUACGAGGAAAGGAGUGCUGAGCUGCGCGCCAUUUUCGGGCUACCGGAUCUUAGCCUCUGUCGGCUCGGACCAGGUUGCCUCAGCGCCGGGGUCGUCUAUGCAAUCGGCUGCAAUGCAACCGACUGCAGUAAUGGACUCGUGAGUGGCGACGGGGAGCCGACGACGGUGCCGAGGUUCGCCCACGUUCAGGACGGUGCCCUCGACGACAAGGCCCUCAUUACCCCGCCCGGUACGAAAGGCGGUGGCGGCGGUGGUGGCGGUGGCAGGGCGGCGGGGAUGAAGGUCAAUUCGAUCUAUGCCCAGGAACACUGGCAUGCCAAGGACUCGAGAAUCUUCCUUAACGACCCCAAGGACCAGAACUGCGACUCUCCCUUCCAGAGGGCGUAUUCGGCGGUGUCGGCGAACUCGCCGAGCUCGGAGAACCGAGCGAACCUGAGGCGCAGCGUCCGGGACGAGCCCGCGCCCCAUCCGGCGCGGCUCCGGAAGCACCGACAUGGCUGGACCCUCCACUUCAGCCGGCCCUUGAGCGGCGCCGCAUGCACCAAGUCACUCGUCUUGCUGCUUGUCGUCGUCCUCGCGCUUCUCGGCAUCGGCGGCAUCGCUCUUUACAUCGUCUUCGAACCUGAGAAGUUGCACGUGAUCCAGCAAUACUUGCGCUCGAGUGCACGUAACUCGACGUCUAUUGGUGAAAAUGCCACAGAAGUCGAGGACUCAACCUGGUUGGCGUCCCCGCCUACACCCUCGCUUCUCGACGUCCUGCUCAAGUCCAAUGGGCCAUCUCUCGGUGAUAUCGAACCUAUUUUCGAGCCACCCUUGACUAGCGCCACGCAAACGCCGAUCACCACAAGUGCGACGACGACGUCUUUCAGCGGCGGCGGCGGCGGCGGCGAUGGCAGUCGUAUUCUCAAUAACAGUAGUAACGACGUCACAUCCUUUUUCGGACUCCUGAGCCCACAUAUGCAUAGACGGAGACCUUGCGUCGAGUGUCGCAACGAUGAAGUUUGUGUGUCGAAGAACGUAGACGAGGUCCCUUUCUGCAGAUCUCCCCUCGAUCCCCAGGACAGAAGCGGCUGCGCUGGUUAUUGUGACGCUGCAACGCAAAAGUGCCAUAGGCUUGAAAAUGGAGCGAGCAGGUGCACGGAAAUAGAGCACCACUGCCUCAACGACGAGUGGACGUGUUUGAAUAUAUUUUGCAUCCCCCUCGUGAAGCGCUGCGAUGGGCAAAUGAAUUGCUACGAUCACUCAGACGAAUACAAUUGUGAAUGUAAUUUAGAAACUCAUUUCCAUUGCGGUAACCAAACUUCCUGUCUUCCACUUUCGAAAAAGUGCGAUGGUCACGUGGACUGUUUCGAUGCUACAGAUGAAGAAAACUGCACAACAAGUCAUGACCUUGGUAGGCUCUGCCCGUCGAAGGACGAGUACACGUGCAGGGACAAACAGCAGUGCAUCAGAAGGACACGCUUUUGCGAUAAGUACCGUGACUGUAACGACGGAUCCGAUGAGCCAGACGGUUGCCAGGGACGGUGCAACAAGUACGAGUUUACCUGCCAUAAUGGUAGAUGUAUCCAGAAGGCAGAAAAGUGUAAUGGCAUCGACGACUGCGGCGACGGCAGCGACGAGCAGCAUUGCAGAGAGCGAUUGUAAAAAAAAAUGAAGAUUUAAAAUAUAAACGUGUUUCAUCGCUUACGAAGCAUCGAUACACUGUUAUACGACCAUUAUUUUUAUUAUGUGCAUGAAUUUAUACGUAUGUGCUAACACACGCGUGCACGUGCAUACACACAAACA